AAUGGAAGAACUGAGGGUUGCAGGGGUGGGGGGCUAUCCCAAUUGUUAUGGAGCAAAGUGAAAGCUAUACCGUGGACAGGUUGCCAGUCUGUUGAAGGGCCAGCACUUAAGACAAUCUGUUAGCCUGACAAGCCUGUCUUUGGACUUUGGGAGGAAGAUGGAGCAUCCCAGAGAGAACCCAUACAGACGCAGGAAGAACAUGCAAAUGCCACACAGAACAACCAAGGCAGGAUUUUAACUCGGGACAUUCCUGCUGUCUGAUGACUGACUGACAGAUGCCUUCACCAUGAAGCUGAGUUGCAGCGCGCUGGUCGUCGCCCUCCUGCUGUCCCAGGCCAGAAGCUUCCUGAGUCCCUCAGAGGAUGACAGCUUCCCUGAAGAAUGGGUGCUGCUCCAUGUGGUUCAGGGCCACAUUGGUGCCGGAAACUACAGCUACCUACGCCUCAACCACGACGGCAGAAUCAUCCUCCACAUGCAAAGCCUCAAGGGAGACGCAGACCUGUACGUGUCAGAUAAAACCCUGCACCCGAGCUUCGACACCUACAAGCUGCAAUCAGCCACCUGCGGACAAGAUGUGGUGGUGGUUCCCGGGGACUUCACAAGGCCUGUGGGCAUCGGCAUUUAUGGCCACCCGUCUCACCAGGAGAGUGAGUUUGAAAUGCGAGUGUUCUACGAUCAGACUGUGUCCCAAGACCCAUUUGAUAAGGGCUCUUACAACUCAGAAGGUGUACAUAAGGAAAAGAAAUCUGCUCAUGCUACAGAGGACGACUUCCAGGAGGAAGAGUCCAUCUUUUGGACUAUUCUGAUCGGACUUCUGAAGAUUAUACUUGAGAUUUUGUUUUGAAAAUCACUGUUCAUUGCUGUGACAGCAGGAGGAUAUUCUGCCAUGGUACAUUAGAUUCCUUUCAUUUUGUGAGGGUGAAAAAAUGUUGCACCAAACCCCAGGGAGAUUUCUGACAUUUAAACAAUCAAACCUACAGACUUGAUAAACAGCAAAGUCAGAUUUACAGCACGGAAUUCACCAGCGAAGCCUGACCAGUCAGAAAAUGUCUCACAAAGUGUAUUUAGUUUUAGCUAGACUAAAAGAACACAAGGACUUUUUCUGGAGUCUUGAAAGGUAUAUAUGGAAUAAGAAGUUUCUUUAUGCACAUAAGUCAGUCGCUAGAACCAUUCUUCCUUUUCCAUUGCCCAAAGUCAUAAAAUUAUAAAAAAUAUCAAAGGUAAAAACUGCAGUGAAGACACAAAUAGGUUCUAAAUUUGAGCUGCUUUGAGGCUUCAGCACUUUGGGAUACUCCCAUGCUAUGCUUCAAAGAGAAAGUGUUAACUCUUAUACUGUCACACUUGGGAGAGACAUUGAAAUGCUUCCUUUAUUUCAUGCCUCCACACGUCUGGUCGGUCUGAUCUUGUAAAAUGUUCUUAGAAUUUCUGUUUUUAGGAAGUUAAAAAGCAUUGUUUAUCGCAGCAAUCAGAAGCAGGGUUCCCGACACAUUGUGUUAUUCCCACCGUGUAGGAAAAAUGAUGGUGUGUGUGCAGGAUUCUUAGGGGGAGUUUGUGAACUAAAUUAACUCGAUGGUUAAUAGCAGUUUGCAGGAUCUUUACUUUAGCUGCUACUUUGAAGCUGUAUAAUCUCUUCUUUUAAACUUAAUUUUACCCAUAGCAAAGUUUUCAGUUUGAUUAUAAUUAGUUUUUUUCCCCACAUUCGCACAUGCAACAGACUUUGGAAAAUGAGAGAACCUCUGUGUGUUUUUGUUUUGUUUUUUCCUCAGUGCACAGAGGAUCUUUGUCCAAAACUGCCAAACUGUGCCCAACACCAUAAUCAACAGUAUCAAAGUUUUGAGGCCUAAUUUUCACUUAAUGCCACUGUUAAGUUUAAAUGCGUAUGUGCUGCUCUGGUGUGGUUACAUUGUCCGACUUGACCAGCUGUCACUAAUUCUUAUACCAUCAUCUAUAUGUCUAGUUUUUGUGCACAGAUUCAAACCGUAGGUCAAAAACUGGCUGGGCUUCACCUCGCUGACGAGUGAUCUUUCAGCUAUGCAGCUUCUCCUAAAAUCCACCACACUUGACUUCCAAGCUAAUAAUACUUAUUUGAUUAGUGUUAAACCAAACCCCUUAAUUUGAAGUCUACUGAGGUCACACUGUGCACAGGGUUGUUGUUUCCUUAUUGCUCAAAGGUGGAGGGAUCACGUUAAACACAUCCAAAGUCAUCGGUUAGCCUCAUAGUAGCUUCAGCUUAACAUUUCUUUCUACAGGACGACUACAAUUUGUGGCCACUUAUAUUUAAAGUGUAGUCAAAGCUGGUGUAGAGCUGCAGGAGUGACACAGUAAGUCAACAUUUAUGUUGUUUCCUUUCUGUAUCAAGAUUGAAAUGAUUGGCUGGCCCCCUCCUCAGCCUGUGAAUGAAUGAAUGAACACCACCUGUCUGUCUCAACACAGCUCAGCACCAUGUGAGUUUUGUGGUCAAAUAUACUGAGCAAUAGUCAAUUUGAGAUAUAGAUAAGAUUUGUGAAUCCUUGGACACAAAGGGGGACCUUAAAAGAUAUGAACAGAUUUUCCUUAAAGCAGAUCAUUCAGUUAAAGUUUUUUUGCUGUUUAAGGAUAUGUUUCAUUGAUUUGGACUCUACACAGGGAACAUGUGUUUGUGAUGAGAUUUCUACCAAUCUGUUAACAUGAGUAGCAGCAUUGUAUUUAGUUUGAUCGCUCACUUUUGUUGUUUUUGCCUGUUGGACAAACUCCUCAUUUAAACAUCACCUCCAGCGCUGGAGUUCAGUUCUGAGUAGAACUUUGUUACCCUCUGAGCAGAAAUGUUCAACAGUGCCUUCAGAUCGAUCCUCUGAACAUCUGUGGAGCUUUCUUGUUCCCAGAGGCGAUCUAGUCAGGUUUCACAAUAAAAUGAGAAAUUGUUUUAAAAACUUGUGU